AUGAGCUGUCACCGCUCACCCCAUUUCUUCCUCGCUUCCCCGUUCCAUUCUCAUUCGUAUUCAUCAAUAACGUCCCCGAUUCCGCAGUGGUUCGCCCAAUUUCUUCGCCCGCCAUGGCGAACACCUCAAAUCCUCUCCCUGCUCCAGAGGCCGUGCUGGUGCUGGUCUCAUCCCUCGCGGACGAAUCUUCGCUUGUUCGCGAUGCCUCCGUCUCCGCACUCAAGGAAAUCGCACCACUGCAUCCUCUUAUCGUACUUGACUGCUGCUGCGCUGUCUCGAGAGGUGCACGCCGGCGGUUUGCAAAUAUGGCCGGUUUGUUUUCAGUGAUGGCUUGUGCUGUGCGUGCCAUGGAUAAGAGAGACGUGGACCCUGCUCUAAUGACUAAGCUCGCAAAGAUUGCAACGGCUGAGAUAAUUACUUCAAAGGAUCUGGAUGCUGAGUGGCAAAGAGCUGCAGCUAGUUUACUUGUUUCGAUAGGAUCCCAUGUGCCUGAUUUGAUGAUGGAGGAAAUAUUUUUUCAUCUCUCUGGACCUAAUUCAGCUCUUCCAGCCAUGGUCCAAAUUCUUGCAGAUUUUGCUUCUGCUGAAGCUUUGAAGUUCACUCCUCGCCUGAAAGAUGUUCUUUUACGGGUGUUGCCCAUAAUUGGAAGUGUAAAGGAUAGUCAAAAACCAAUUUUUGCAAAUGCAUUUAAGUGCUGGUGUGAGGCUACUUGGCAGUAUAUUGGUGACUUUCCAUCACAUCCUGUGCUUGAUAGCGAUGUAAUAUCAUUUCUGAAUUCUGUUUUUGAAUUAUUGCUAAGGGUUUGGGCAAGCUCUCGGGACCUGAAGGUGCGCCUAUCCGCUGUAGAGGCCUUAGGGCAAAUGGUUGGUCUCAUCUCAAGAUCUCAACUAAAGGCAGCAUUACCAAAACUUGUUCCAACAAUAUUGGACUUGUAUCGUAAAGAUCUAGAGAUGGCAUUUCUUGCCUCAUGCAGUCUACAUAAUUUUCUUAAUGCCUGCCUAUUGUCAGAAAAUGGUCCUCCUCUGCUUGAUUUUGAGGAUCUAAAUAGCCUUUUGUCUACACUUCUUCCUAUGGCAUACAUUGGUAAUAACAAUGAUGAUCAUCCAGGUUUUUCGAAAGGACUAAAGGCAUAUAAUGAGAUUCAGCGUUGUUUUCUUGUUAUUGGUUCAGUUUAUCCGGAGGAUCUGUAUGCCUUCCUUCUGAGUAAAUGUCAGGCAAAAGAUGAACAUUUUGUGGUUGGAGCGCUCUGUACCAUAAAAAAUCUCUUGCCGAGGUUAUUGGAAGCUUGGCAUGCUAAAAGGAAUUUACUUAUUGAAGUUGUGAAAUCACUUUUAGUUGGGCAGAGUUUAGGUGUGCGAAAGGCACUUGCUGAGUUACUUCUUGUUAUGGCUUUGCAUUGUUACUUUGGCGGGAGUUCUGCAGAGUUUUUUAUCGAAUAUCUCGUUCGCCAUUGUGCUAUAUCAGAUGAUGAGAAAUAUUUGAAGCCCGCUAAUGAGAUCGUUUGGAAGGGAAAUCCCUUUCAGCCUUUCUAUAGAAAAAUUGAGGCGAAUAUAUCAGCUGUAAGUCCAGCCAAGUUGAAAGCUAUCUGUGAAAAAGGACUUAUUUUACUGGCUAUUACCAUUCCAGAAUCGGAGCAUAUCCUUUGGCCUUUCCUCUUAAAGAUGAUUAUUCCCAGGGAGUAUACAGGAGCUGUUGCGACAGUUUGCAAAUGCAUAUGUGAAUUGCACAAGCAUCAGUCAUCACUUGGAAGCACGUUGUUUAAUGGAUUUAGUUCACCAAAUCAAAUUCCCCACCCUGAGGAUCUCCUUGCACGAUUGGCUGUCCUGCUUUGUGACCCGCUUGCUCGGGAGCAGUUGGCAACUCAGAUUCUAACGGUAUUGUGUUGCUUAGGGCCACUGUUCCCCAAGAAUCUCAGUUUGUUUUGGCAAGAUGAGGUACCCAAAUUGAAGGCCUAUAUCAGUGACCCGGAAGACCUAAAGCAGGAUCUUUCAUACCAGGAGACAUGGGAUGAUAUGAUUAUCAAUUUCAUAUCGGAAUCUUUAGAUGUUGUGCAAAACACUGAAUGGAUCAUUUCAUUGGGCAAUGCUUUUGGAAGGCAGUAUGUGUUAUAUGUUGGUGAUGAUGAACACACUGCGAUGCUCCAUAGGUGCCUUGGCAUACUUCUUCAGAAAGUGGAUGACGGGCUCUAUGUACAUGAAAAGAUAGAAUGGAUGUAUGGACAUGCAAAUAUAUCAGUUCCUGUGAAUAGGUUGGGACUUGCUAAGGGCAUGGGAUUGGUUGCUGCUUCUCAUUUGGAUACUGUAUUGGAAAAGCUGAAAUCAAUCUUGGAUAAUGUUGGACAGUAUAGGUUCCAUAGGAUAUUUUCAUUCUUUUCCAAUAGAGCUAAGGUUGAAGAUGCUGACGAUAUACAUGCUGCACUAGCAUUGAUGUAUGGUUAUGCUGCCAUAUAUGCUCCGUCAACAAUUAUAGAAGCUAGAAUUGAUGCGCUUGUGGGUACCAAUGUGCUUUCACGACUUCUUCAUGUGCAGCAUCCUACAUCAAAGCAGGCAGUCAUCACGGCAAUUGAGCUGCUUGGCUGUGCAGUUAUUAAUGCUGCUGAAAUGGGUAUUCACUUCCCACUAAAGCGAAGAGACCAGCUACUUGAUUAUGUGCUAACCUUAAUGGGUACAGAAGAAACUAAUAGUUUUACCGAUUCUAAUAAUGAGCUUAUCCAUACUCAAAGCCUUGCUUUAAGUGCAUGUACAACUUUGGUUUCUAUAGAACCGAGGUUACCAUUGGAAACAAGAAAUCGUGUUUUGAAGGCUACAUUAGGAUUUCUUACUUUGCCUAAUGAACCCUCCGACAUAAUUGAUCCUCUAAUAAAAAACCUCAUUACUCUGUUAUGUGCCAUUCUGCAAACCAGUGGUGAAGAUGGUAGGAGUCGAGCAGAACAGCUCCUGCAUAUUCUUAGACAGAUAGAUGUAUAUAUUUUGUCUGCUGUAGAGCAUCAGAGAAGAAGAGGCUGUCAUACUGUGCAUGAAUUGCUUCUCAAGUUCCGGACUCUUUUUUCUGGCGGAAUAUGUGGACUUGGGUGUCAUUCCAGCUGCAUCCACAAUGCACAAAUUGAAAGGCCAAUGCAAAGAAACUUCUCGACUUUGCCAUCUGUGUAUGCAUUGCCAAGUCGGGACUCCUUGAGUCUCGGGGAAAGGGUUAUAACAUAUCUACCAAGGUGUGCAGAUGUGAGUUCAGAGAUUAGAAAAGUUGCAGUUCAGAUCUUAGGUCUUUUUUUCAGCAUAGCGCUAUCGCUUCCUUUAUCAGCUGGGUGUGAUGUAGAUCUAGAAUCAUCAUACAAUGCCUUGUCUUCUCUUGAAGAUGUAAUUUCCAUGCUUCGAAGGGAUGAAUCCAUUGAUCAAUCAGAAGUCUUCAAUAGAAUUGUCACAUCUGUUUGUGGUUUGUUAACAAAAGAUGAGCUUGUUAUCUCAUUGCAUAUGUGUACAUCGGCAAUAUGUGAUAAGAUCAAACAAUCAGCUGAUGGAGCUAUUCAAGCUGUGAUUGAGUUCAUUACUAUGAGAGGCAGUGAGUUAAAUGAAUCUGAUGUUUCAAGGACAACUCAGUCGCUACUUUUGUCUGCUUCAUUUGUAACUGAUAAGCAUUCACGUCAAGAAAUCCUUCAAGCGACAUCAUGUUUGGCAGAGUGCACUACUUCUCAUGUUGUCUUUAGUGAGGUCUUGGUUACUUCUGCUCGGGACAUCAUCACAAAAGAUGUAUUAAGGCUUCGAGGUGGUUGGUCAAUGCAAGAUGCAUUCUAUACAUUUUCCCAGCAUGUGGUGCUUUCAAGCCUGUUUCUGGAGUACAUCAUAUCUGUGCUAGAUCGUUCUCCUGCCCCUAAAGUAGAUAUAGAAAAGGGUGAAAGCAGCAACCAUUCAUCUGAUUCUCUGCUUGAUGGGGACUUACUGCUAGCAGCAUUACUAGGCCUGACGGCAUUCUUCAGAGGGGGUGGCAAGACUGGGAAGAAAUCAGUGGAACGAAAUUAUUCUUCUGUCCUUUGUGCGCUUACACUUCAACUGGGAAGUUGCCAUGGCCUGGCUGGUCUGGGUCAGCUGGAGCAUUUGCGUGUUUUAUUAACAGCUUUUCACUCAUUUUGUGAUUGUGUUGGUGAUUUUGAAAUGGGCAAGAUAUUGGCCAGGCAUGGAGAAAAUAAUGACAGGGAGAAAUGGAUUGAUGUUAUUCGUGAUAUUGCUUCCUGCAUCUCUCUAAAGAGGCCUAAGGAGGUCCAACCUAUAUGCACAAUUUUAAAUAAGGCUUUGAAGAGGUACCAAAAAUUACAAAGGGAAGCUGCUGCAGCCGCAUUGUCAGAAUAUAUCCGCCACAGUGAUGGAGUUCCUGCCCUUUUGGAACAGAUUGUUGAGGGGAUGUGUUUACAUAUGUCUGAUGAAUCUCCAAUUGUGAGAAGCAUGUGUUUGCGAGGGCUUGUCCAGAUACCAAAAUCUCAAAUGCCUCAUUACAUUCCACAAGUGCUUGGGGUUAUUAUAGCCUUACUUGAAGAUCAUGAUGAAGCAGUUCAAUUGACUGCUGUACAAUGCCUAUUGGCAGUUCUUGACUCGUCGCAUACUGAUGCCGUGGACCCUAUCUUGAUAAAUCUGUCUGUACGGCUACGAAAUCUUCAGAUCUCCACCAAUGCAAAGAUGCGUUCUACUGCCUUUGCAGCAUACGGCGCAUUAAGUGAAUGUGCCACAAGUACUCAAGGUCAGGCUUUCGUUGAGCAGGUCCAUUCCACUUUACCCCGUCUUAUUCUCCAUCUUCAUGAUGAUGACUCGAGAGUUCGUCAAUCUUGCCGGAAUACCUUCAAAAAACUUGCACCACUGAUAGGAGUGGAUGGCUUGUCUUCCCUCUACACCAAACCAUAUUUUAACUCGGAUUGUCGGAGUGACUACGAGGAUUUUUUGAGGGACUUAACCAGACAGUUGGGCCAAUUUUUAGCCGCUAAACUUGGUGCCUACCUGGCGGCAGUGAUCCAGUGUUUUGAUGCACCAUGGCCUACUAUUCAAGCAAAUGCCAUAUAUUUCUCCAGCUGCAUUCUCACUCUUCCGGAGGACCAGCGCACACCGCUACAUUAUCAUUUACAGGUACUUUCACUUCUUGUAGAAAUGAGUCAGUCCCCCGAUACGGUUGUGCGAGCAACCUGUUCGUUUUCGAUGGGACUUUUACUCAAGUCCUCUUUUCCCCAUAUAUGGGCUUUACCUACAGACCUUGAUAGAUCUGAUUCCUCAAGAAGUUCUCAAGAUUGAAGCUCUUUUAACUCAUACCUUUGUUUAGUCUUCUUUUCAAAUGUGGAAAGGUAUCUUUGUCCUCUGAUUGUGUGUGUUGUGUUUAUUAUCUCUUAGGGUGUGAUGUAAACUGUUGUAUUGAGUUGUAUAUUUAUCAGGAAUGUAAUAAAUGAAAAACAAAUGAAGAGAUCAGAGAAUAUAUCAUGGCCAUUUUCGCCGGCAUGUGAUUUAGAGAGUGGUGGCUUAGAAGAAGAUUUAUUAGUAUUUUUUUUUUUAUUUUUGAAUGUAUGGUU